AUGCGCGACACAGCCGUGGUGGUGGUGCCCGCGGACGAGGCCGCGGAGGUGCUCGUGGAGCGCCCCGUGGUCAGUCCCGCGGGCGUGGACGUGGACGAGGACGUGGACGAGGCCGCGGUGGAUUUAGUGGCAUGGACGUUGGCGACGAUCGCGGUGGCCGCGGUCGUGGGCGUGGGCGUGGCGGUGGUCGAGGACACGCAUGUUCCUUUUGAUUACAACAGCUUGCGCAAGCCCAAGAAGCUGCCUUCUGCUACAGAUUGCGCCGACCCCAGUGUGCCUCCGCCGCGCGCCGAACCCAAUGGACGCAAUGACCCUCGUUUCAACCCUGGUGAAGAUAAUGAAGAGGAUAAUGAAGAUGAUGAGGAGGAAGAGGAUGACGACGACGACGAAGAUGACGACGAAGAUGAUGAUGACGAGGAUGAUGAGGACGAGAGCGAAGAAGAUCUUCCGAUUGAGCCCCACAAGAGCUAUUCAAACAAGCACAUUGAGCACCGACGCAAGCUCGAAGGCCUUGUUCUGAACGAGUUUGAUAUUGUGGUGACCAACAAGAAGUACGACUUUGAUCGCGCGAUGCGUCAUAUCAAUCCUCUUCGUCGCCCGAUUGUCUUUGUCCCUUCGUCGGGCGCGCACGAGCAGCGUGCCAAGCCGGAAGAAGAGGUCAGAGAGGAGAUGACGCCUGCGGAAGCGUCCGAAAUGGACGAAGUUGACCGGCUCGCGGCGGAAGCGAUCGCCAUGUCGAAAGAGUCGCUGCCGGCAGCUUCUAAUCCGUUCGGUGAAGACUCGGGCUUUUUGUCGUCGUCGACACCGUUUGAUGCGCCGACAAAGAGUGAGAGUAUUCCGAUGUCCGUGACGGCUGAUGACGUUGCGAUGCCAGAGGCAACUGCUGAGAGUGCCGCGGUACCUGCCGAGAGUGCCGAGGCACCUAUCGAGAGUGUCGAGGCGCCUAUCGAGAGUAUCGAGGCACCUGUCGAGAGUAUCGAGGCCCGUGCUAAGAGUGUCGAGAUGCCCAUCGAGAGUACCAAGGCUCCUGCCGAGAGCGAGGCGCCGAGUGAGGCAUGGUUCCUGGACACUACGCCGGAUGUACUGCCCGAUGCGCCCGUCGAGAAUGCCGUGACUCCCAAAGAGUCAUGGUUCAUGGAUACCACCCCCGACGUGCUGCCCGAGAAAGAGCGUACUGUGACAUCGACGGCCAUGCGAGUCGACGCGCCCCAAGCGGCGGCGGCUGUUACAAAGUCUGUGGACGUCGUCGUGCCGCCGCCCAAGCCGAAAGCUGCGCCUGAGCCCGACAGCGACUCGGACGAUGUGGCCGAGGCAAUCCCCCUGCCCGGCGAGCGUCUGCCGCCCAAGCCGCGCAAUCGCCGCGCAAAGAAAAAGAAACCUUUUGCGCGUACCGAUUCCGAUAUCGAGUGGGGCAGCGAUGGCCCACCGGUGGAUACCGAAGACAAUUUCAUGUCGUUCCAGAUCUCCGAGCAGCUCUUGCAGUCGAACCACAAGCCCCUGUCCGAGCAAGAAGCGAUUCUUGCCGACUGGAUGGAGAAUGCGAUGCUGCAGUCUGGAGGGGAUGAGGAAGAGGAGGAGGGCGAUGCUCCUACGAUUACCGAUCCCUAUGGCGAGCAGCUUACGCUGGAGGACAUUGCCGUCGAUGCGCAGCGCCGCGAAGACCAGACGUGGUACUCGAGCGAGGGCGACGAUGACGAUGACGAUAACGAUGAGGACGACGACGAUGAUGAGGAUGAGGACGACGACGAUGACGACGAUGACGACGUCGAAAUCGAGUUCUCCGGCGACGACCUGGACAACUACUCGUACGGCGAGCUCGAGGAUGGUGCGGCCGAGUCCGACUUUGGCCUCGACGCCGAGUCGCAUGCCAUCCUCCUCGAGGGUCUCGGUUCUCCUGACAUGAACCUUGGCCUGCCCAACUGGAAUGGCCAAGCGAAGCGCAAAGGCAAGACGCUCUUUGACCAGAUCGUGAAUGGCGACUUUUCCGAGGCGUCGGAUACCAAUCUCGGCAAGAUCGCGCGCAAGAACCGCACAAAGCCGCAGUUUGACGGCGACUCUCUCUGGGCCGAGGAGCUGCAGCAGCAGUGGGAAAAGGACCGUUCGAGCAAAGCCGCAAAGAAGCGUGCGCGUGCCGAGGCGCGGAAUACCGCUGCGCUGAACCCCUUCCCCAACACGCAUGGCCUGAGCAAGCGCACGCAAAAGGUCCUGAAGCGUACCGAGAAGAAGGAGCGUCGUGCGAAUCUGAAAGCGCUUGCCGACGACGACGGCCCGGUGAAUGGCGACAUUGUUGCCCCCCCCGACUCGUUCUCCUCGAUCAGUCUGAUGAUUGAAGAGUUCCUGCUCGACGACGGCAAGACGACGCUGUCCCUCCCCCCCAUGCUCAAGCACGACCGGGCGAUGGUGCACAACAUGGCCGACGCGUACGCGCUCAAGAGCAAGAGCCGCGGUAAAGGUAAAGAGCGAUUCCCUAUUCUCUACAAGACCUCCAAGACCGGCAACCGUGUCGACCGCUCGCGCAUCCGGCGCCUGGAGCGCACGCCCUUUGGCCGCAUGGACGACGCCAAGUUUGACCGUGCGCAGACGAAAGGCCACGUACGCAUCAACGCGCCCGAGGUCGCGCCCCGCAACCGCGACGGCGCGCAGGUCGGCAGCAACGCGAAGCGCAUCACCGAAGACAACAUCGGCCACCGUCUUCUCCUAUCUAUGGGCUGGCAGUCCGGCUCUGGCCUCGGCCAGUCGUCCGGCAUCGCCGAGCCCGUCACGGCGACGAUCAAGGUCACGCGCAGUGGCCUGGGUCAUUAG